AUGACUGAGAAAAAAAUGGAUCGGUUGAAAAAUCGGUUCAUGACGUUACAAGGGAAAAUACAAGAUCGUAUGGAUGAACUACAAGACCAGGUGCAGAAUAAAAUAGAAAGGUCAAAGCUAUCGAAGUUUAUAUCUAAUUUGUCUGAAGAAACUAGGAGUUCAGUUGAUGACAACUCUGUAGAAAGUGUUGAAUUAAGUUCUAGUGAAGGAGACGUCGGUAAGGAGAAUCCAACUAUACCUUCAUUUGUUAUUGAUGGACCGGCAGACAAUGAAAACCCAAAGGAUAUCUGCAAGGAAUUCAUUAAAGUUGAACAAGGCACAGGCACCGUACUUUAUAAAAGUCGCUCGGCUUGCAACCUCGCGUACGAUGAUACGAAUAAUGAUAGCUCCAGUGAAUCCUGCUUGUCGUGUUUAUCGUCCAGUGAAGAAAGAGAAAGAACAUCAGAACCGCGCCCAAGAGCUGGCAGUCUUCCUCCAGGAGCUGCCUUGGACCAACCAUCACCAUUACUCGUUUGCUCCGACCUCAUCGAGAAGUUCAGCAACAAAUUUCCAAAAUUCAAGAGUCAAGGCGACAGAUUCCAUAGGUAUUUACUGAAGAACACGAGGCUAAGUGACGUGAACAAGCGGUUGAAGGCGCAAAUAUGGAGCUCUGUAGUCACCAUCGUACUGGUUGAAGCUAAGAAUCUUCCUGCAAUGGAUUUAGAUACUAGAUCCAGCGACCCUUAUUGUAAAUUUAGGUUAGGUAACGAAAAAUAUAAAAGUAAGGUAGUUUGGAAGUCUUUACAUCCAUCGUGGUUGGAGCAGUUUGACCUGCACUUGUAUGAUGACCAGGAGCAAAUUCUAGAAGUCACAGUCUGGGACAAGGAUAAGCAGUCUAAAGAUGAUUUUAUUGGCAGGUGUGCAAUAGACUUAUCUAGAUUAGAAAGAGAGAAAACGCACAACAUAUGGAAGGAUCUAGAAGAUGGGAACGGACAAAUAUUUUUGUUGCUGACCAUCAGUGGCACCACACAGUCGGAAACCAUUACAGACCUCAGCAGUUAUAAGGAGAACCCAAGAGAUAGGGAAAUUGUUGAAAGGCGAUAUAUGUGGUACAAUCUAAAUGAACAAUCAAGUGGAGUUGGCUGGCUCUGUGUCAAAGUAUAUGGAGCUAAAGGGCUAGCAGCUGCAGAUUUAGGGGGUAAAUCUGACCCCUUCUGUGUGUUAGAACUAGGGAACGCAAGGCUACAGACACAUACGGAGUACAAGACGCUGACACCGAACUGGAUGAAGAUAUUCACUUUUACAGUGAAGGACAUCACAUCAAUAUUGGAGAUAACAGUAUACGAUGAAGACCACGAUCAUAAAGUGGAGUUCCUCGGGAAACUGGCUGUUCCACUGCUGAAUAUAAGAAACGGGGAGAAGCGAUGGUACGCCUUGAAGGACAAGAAGAUGAGAGCGCGUGCGAAGGGGAACUUUCCGCAGAUAUUGUUGGAGAUGCUGGUCAUAUGGAAUCCGUUGAAGGCAGCGAUAAGGGCGGUGAACCCGAAGGAACCAAAAUACAUGCAUCAGGAGGCCAAGUUCAAGAGACAACUGUUUAUACGAAACGUAAUGAGACUGAAAGCUAUCAUCAUGUGGUUUAUUGAAGUUGGGAAGAUUUUACAAGACUGUUUUGAAUGGGAAUCGAGGAUACGUUCAUUUUUAGGCCUGUUACUAUGGCUCGCCUUCUGUUAUUACUAUGAGAUGUGGAUGCUGCCUCUACUGAUGCUAAUGUUCUUCGGCAGAGCUUGGCUUAUUUAUAGACUUACUGGAGGUAAUCCCCUACUGGUGCCAGUUGAUGAUGAAGAUCUUUUAGCUGAAGAAGAUGAUGAAGACGAAGCAGAUAAGGAGGAGAAGAAAUCUCUGAAAGAGAGACUGCAAGCGAUUCAAGAAGUGACGCAAACUGUACAAAAUGCUAUCGGUUAUGUCGCCGCCCUAGGAGAAGCGGUUAAGAACUUGACGAACUUCACAGUGCCAUAUCUAAGUUAUUUAGCAAUAAUAAUGUUAUUAGGAGCUAUGAUCGUGUUAUACGUCAUACCUUUGAGGUAUCUACUUAUGGCGUGGGGUAUAAAUAAGUUUACAAGGAAAAUCCUUCGACCACACACGAUACCCAAUAAUGAAGUGCUAGACCUACUAUCGAGGGUGCCAGAUGAUGAAACUUUGUUGGACUGCCGAGAACUAAAACCACACCCAGCGAACGAACACCGACGAGACGCAAGAAAGAAGCACAAACCUUCGUAA